AUGGCAGGCGGCAACUUGGAGCUCUUCAAGUUUGGCUUCUAUGUCAUGUUCCCCAUUGGAUCCAUGUACUACUUUGGCUCCCCGGAUUUCUUUGAGCAUUACGUCAAGCACCUCAAGUUUUGGCCAGAUGAGGAAAAGACCAAUCGCCCACCGGUUGAGCGCGAAGAUAUCAAGCAAGCAUUGGCGGAUUUGAAGCAGCAGCGGUUGGAGAAGAAGCAACAGAUGCUGAAGAGCGUUGACAGGAAUGCAGAAGUCUGA